UGAUGUGCUGCCUCAGCGCUGGACUAUAAGAGGCUUUGAGAGACGGGGUUAGGACCUAGCGUGGACACCACUCUCUGACUCUCCAUCUUUAUGUCUCUUCCACUCCGUCUCCGUCUAACUGUCUAAAUGUCAACAGACCUGUUGAGGAUGGAGGAUGCCAUUACUCAACGUCAGUAUGAAGCAGUCUUUACAACCUGUACAACCUUGUACAGAUAGGUAAACAAGAGCACCUGGAGAGCCUUAAUACGUAUCCAGCACUGUGGACACAUGGAGCAAGCGACACAAACCAAGCGUAGACCAUUUCAGGGACAAGCCUGACAGACAUCCUUGACAACAACGCAUUCAACUUGAGCCUCAGCUGAUUCACGUUUCCUUUAUUUCUACAUUGUCAACGUAUCACUCGUAUCUCGCCAGUUCAAAGACCUCCAGCGUCUGCCCUCCUUCUGUGCACAGUGCCCCUCAGAGGGGAAAUGCCCGUCUUGCUUAAUGCCGACGCCUCCUUCAGCUCCAAGCAGGAGCUCCUGGACCUUCAGGACUGCCCUCUCAGUGGGGGCCCCUCUCUGGACACCCCCAGCCCCCCAGACUCCCAGACAGGCAGCCCACUAGGCUCAGGCCCCAGAAGCCUUGGUAGCCCUACAGCUGAUGGCGCCGUUCGGGCCCAUAUUUUCACUGGGGCUUCUACACUCCCGGGGCAGUUAUACGGGGUGGAAACAAGACCCCUUGCAGAGACACCCGUGGGUUUAAAUCUGAUCUCCACCGACCCGGAUCAGCUAUGUGGCUGGGGGGCUGUGACACCCAAAGCUAUCCAAGUUUUCAAUACCCCGCGUUGGGUGCUGUUCUUCCUUUGCGUGGCCUCUUUCCUCCAGGGGAUGAUAAUCAAUGGCUUCAUUAACACAGUGGUCACCUCCAUCGAGAGGCGCUUCGACCUGCGCAGCUACCAGGCCGGCCUCAUCGCCAGCUCCUACGACAUCGCCGCCUGCGUCUGCCUUGCUUUCGUCAGCUACUUCGGCGGGACGGGACACAAGCCUCGCUGGCUGGGAUGGGGGGUGCUGAUCAUGGCGAUCGGUUCUCUGGUGUUUGCCCUGCCUCACUUCACCACGCCCCCUUACCAGGUCAGUCUGACCGAGCGAACAGUAAUGUGCUCUGACAACCGUACCAGCCCGUGUCGGGACAAGGAGGGCGGAGGAUUGUCCAGUUAUCGUUUUGUGUUCAUGUUGGGCCAGUUUCUACACGGUGUGGGUGCCACGCCUCUCUACACGUUAGGAGUCACAUACCUGGAUGAGAACGUCAAGUCCAACUAUGCGCCUGUUUAUAUCGGGAUCUUCUACACAGCGGCCAUUGUGGGUCCGGCAGGAGGCUACCUGCUGGGAGGAUACUUCCUCAACAUCUACACCGAGAUCCAUCUGACGACAGAGAUGACUCCAGAGAACCCUCUGUGGGUCGGGGCUUGGUGGAUCGGCUUCCUAGCAGGAGGAGCAGCAGCUCUAGUCGUAGCAUUCCCCAUCCUGGGCUACCCACGACAGCUACCGGGCUCUCAGGAGUACGUGGCCAUGCGGGUGUCUGAGGCUCACCAGCUCAAAGAUGGAAGCCACACCACAGCCUCAGACCCUCAGUUUGGCAAAUCAGUCAAAGACAUGCCAAGGUCUGUGCUGCUCCUCUUAAAGAAUCCCACCUUCCUGUUCCUGUGCUUGGCUGGGGCUACGGAGGCCACCCUCAUAGCUGGCAUGUCCACCUUUGGUCCAAAGUUCUUGGAGUCACAGUUCAGUCUCAGUGCAUCGGAGGCUGCCACAUGGUUCGGAUACAUGGUGGUACCAGCAGGUGGUGGUGGCACCUUCCUGGGCGGCUACAUUGUGAAGAGAUUGAACCUGCGCUGUCGAGGCAUCAUCCGCUUCUGCAUGAUGUGUGCGAUGGUCAGUCUGGUCGCCAUCUUUAUCUUUCUCAUCCACUGCCCCAACGUGCCCAUGGCCGGUGUCACAGCAUCAUACCAGUACGAUCUGAUGGAGAAACGGCAACUGAACCAGUACAAAGACCUGUAUGACAAGCCAAGCCAGCCGCACCCUGGAAACAGCUCUUUAGAGGAGAACCUGAUAGUUGGCUGUAAUGCAGGCUGUAGUUGUGUCAGAGAGCUGUACAACCCGGUGUGUGGGGCUGACGGAGUGAUGUAUUACUCCCCCUGCCACGCUGGCUGCAGCUCCAUCAACCACACCGAACGCUCCACAGGCAAACAGGUGUACUCUGGAUGUAGCUGCGUGGUUGGUAAUGUGUCCUGGGGCGAGGAGGGCUUUGCUCUGACAGGGAAGUGCGGCAGCUCCUGCCACCACAUGCCAGCCUUCCUCUCCUUCCUCUUCAUCGUCAUCUCCUUCACCUUCCUCUGUAGCAUCCCAGCACUCACCGCCACGCUCAGGUGUGUGCCAGACAGCCAGAGGUCCUUUGGACUAGGCAUCCAGUGGAUUGUGGUGCGCACACUUGGUGGUAUUCCAGGACCCAUAGCAUUUGGCUCUGUGAUUGACAUCUCCUGCUUACUGUGGCAGGAUAAGUGUGGUGAGCAGGGCUCCUGCUACCUCUAUCAGAACUCAGCCAUGAGCCAGUACACACUAGUAGCUGGUAUCAUCUAUAAGGUUUUGGGGACAAUCUUUUUCCUGUUAGCUAGCAUCCUGUACAAGCCUCCUCCUGAGUCGCCUCAAAGCAGCUGUGAGAGCACCGACCACGGAGUAGGAGACAUGAGCGACCUGCCCGUCAAAGACCUGCCUGAAGACGGCGUCAUCGUCAACCUGCAUGCCAGGUCAUGACGUCAGAGACCCCCCGACCGCUGAGUCUCUGUCUGACUGUGUGUGCGUGUGUGUGUGUGUGUGUAGGUGCUGCUUAGCGCAGUGUGUGAAUGUGUGUUUGGUUGGUCAUGGGGGGUACUUCCUUUAUACCAACAGCCUUCUCUCAGCCAUAAUGACAACCACCCCAACAUACACACACGUGCAAUCACACAAAUGGACAAGAUUACCGUAAUACAGACACAAACCACAAACAGGAUGCCUUCAUGCACAUCUCUCUCUCUCACACACACACACACAAAUACAUACAACUUUCUAUAGUACAUGAUGACUUCUAACAUGCUGCUCUCUCAGAAGAAAAUUCUGCUGUGACUACACGUGUGCGUAUCUGAGUGUGUGAUCGAUUGGGCGGUGCCCUUUCACAAGCAUUUCUACAGAUAUCUCAAUACUGUGUUGAAUCAGUUCAAAUGACUUUUUAGAAUGUAGGUCUGAUGACAUUUCUGUUUCAUAUUUUAUGUCAUUUUCCAUCAAAAGACAAUGAAACAGCUGAGACCUAUGUGGUAUAUAAAUGAUGUGCCAUAUAUAUGAAGCAUUUAUGAUGUGAAAAAAAAAUGUCCAUCCUCUUUUUCUGUUCUUCUCCCAUUACUGGAAGAUAGUUACACUGCUUUAUUUUCCACCCAGAGAUGAAGCCAUGGUAUACUGUAUGAGAUCUCCAGGCCAGUAAUAAUGAUGCCAAAUCAUUUCAUACGUCAUAUUUUAAGCCAAGAGUAUCUAAAGGCACUUCUAUAACUUAAUAUAAUGUGAAUAUAGACUAUUGGUCACAGUACAGCAGCACAAAUAUAUUUUCAAUUAGAGAAGCACAUGUGUAUUUAUCAUUGCCACGUGGACACAUGUACAAGAGAUGUAUGACCAGUAAUUGGCUCGCAUUUAAAAAGUAGUAAUAAGAAGAAAAACCGCAAAGUGUUUGUGAUCUACAUGAAAUAGAUCGAUGAAUGCUGUAUAUACAGUACAUGGGUUUGAUUGCUCUGUUUGACAGAGUUUAGUAGAAAGAGCUUUGAUGCUUCUAUUCCAUAGCUGCACUUUAAAAGAAAACACACAAAAGCACUGAGAAGCUUGGAAAGUACGCGUUGACACGAUAAAGGCCCGGUCACACCAACAUUUAAAAUGGCGAUCAGUUUGUUGGGGUUGAAGUAAUUCAUGUUCAAUGUUGACACAGGAAUUUCCGCCAUGACCAAUUCAAGCUGUCUCCAGCGUCUACGGUGUUAUCCUUUGAUGGAAACGGAGAAAGUCCAAAGUGGAGGAAACUAUCGUAGCUUGUUAGCUGGAGGCUUGUUUCCAAUAACGUAUUUUUGAAGAAUCGUAUUAGAAAAGCUGUAUGGAAAAGGCAAAAUUCAAUUAAACUUACUCAAUUGCGCAAAAAAGUUUUUAUGCUCCUUUGAAGUGUUUUUUGCUUUUGUCGAAAAAGAGUUGAUGCGCUAAACUGGACAUGGAAACACCUUUGCUGAAUAUUCUGAUGUAGCAAACAUUUAACUCACAUUAAGCAUGUACUUCACAUGUUCCUGCUGUCAGCGGCCUUGCUCGAGCCUUGCUUGAAUCAUUGCAUUAAGGGCGUAUUCACACCUGCCUUGUUUAGUUCGGUUCAAUCGAACCCUAGAGCGUUUACACUCUUGGUGCGGUUCGUUUGGGCAGGUGUGAACACAGCAAUCGCACUCAGGUGCGCACCAAAACAAGCUGACCGAGACCUCCUUAAAGGGGUGGUCUCAGUUCGGUUCCAAACGAACUGCGGUUCGGUACGAUUCGUUUGUGGUGAGAACAUGAUCCGACCUCGAUCCGGUAGCAACAACAUUACUACAAAAGAGCCUACGCUUGCCCUCGCUAUUCACAUCAGUACUAAACAGGUGUUGAGCAUGUCACAGUUUAGGAGGGUUAAUGCACGCCUCCUCCUCCGUCCUCCGUACGUCUUGAUAUGCGCCUUCGGCGACUCCAGUGCAACAAUACAUUGUUUUCCUGUCGCAGCCGCGCCUCAUUUUCAAACUGUGUUGUUUGCCUUGAGCGAAAAAUUGCUGCAAGGUAAAAAAAAAGAAAAGGAUGACCAGGGCCAAGAUCAAGCCGCGUAGUUGUCCCUCCAUUGUUGCGUUCUGGAAGUCUGCUCUUCUUCUUCUUCUACUUCCGGGAGUUUUCCAGCAUGGAAAUUCUGACCAAUUAGAGAGCAGUUUCUUUGCGCACCAAAAUUUUGGUCCGCUUGUAAAUGCUGCCGUGUGAACACAAACCAAACUCAAAGCAAUAUGCAACAUGGUAACAAUUUGGUCCCUGAUUCAGACCAGAGCAAACGAACUACAGGUGUAAAAACGCCCUAAGUUAUUAAGUCUAUAACUGAGGUAGGGAAUUAUAUAACUCCACCGUUAAAAGCAUGGCCUCUUUGACAGGUGGGUGCAGUACCAGUAUUAGCUCCAAACCAGUUCAUGGAAAUGUGCCUAAUUCACAUUUUUUUUUUGCGACAUUUCAAAAGCUUGUUUAAAUUCGCUCAAAUGGAAACACGACUUGUGUUGCACUAUCAACUUUUACAGAGAGACAAAGUGAAACCAAAACAUUCAGGUUUUGUUCCAGACGUACAAAAAAAACCUCAUUCAAAACCCCAUUGACAUUUGUAUUAAUGCAAAUAACUAAAUAUUCUGCUACUGAGGAUUGACCUCGCCCCCACUGCGCAAAUCCACUGAUCACAGCGAUUCCAUAGGAAUUAAGUGACAAAAUUUCGCCAUUUGAAAUGCUGGUGUGCCGGUGCCGUUGAGAGGGAUAUUAUGGGAAGUAUAACUUGUAAGUUGGAGCUGCUGAGGGCAACGCACAAUUGGCAUGACAUGCAGUGUAACAAAUCAGCAGUUAUUUGGACCUAAUCAUCACAGUACUGUAAGUACACAAAUGUGCCAAAGCAGCCUUGCCUAACAACUCUUGUGUUUUAUUUUUUUAUCAUUGACCUUAUUUAUGCAAAUUAUUUAUAAUAUUUCAGCACUUAUAUUUAUUUUGGUUUUUUUUGCAUUCACUGUGUGAUGAUAAAAAGAAUGCUGCCCUGGCUCUCCUCCUGCCGUCCUUUGUCCACAAGAACUCCUCCUCUUGUAUUUAUUGUUUAUGUGAUAGUGAAACGCAAGUUGACAACCUACUGUAUGUUGCCUGUGUUGUUGUGACUUUGCUCAUGUAAGAAUUGACCUUAACACCCUCCAGCUGAUGUUGACGAGUUUGAUCUCCCCGUGAAUGUGUAAAUGCAGUCCUCCUAGUUGUGCUUUUCAACCAGUCCCCGAGCUUUGACAAACCACUCUGUAAAGUGAUUUUUAUUCUUUUUUAUUUUGUUUUUGGUACUGUAUGUUUUUUUUUAAAAAGCAGUGGACUUGAAAUCAAUGAUCUUUUUAUGGAAUGAUUCAAAGAUGUCAAGUGUUUUCUAAUUACAAUAGCUGAACAGAA